AUGGCCCCAAAGGAUGACAACAUUGCUGUAGACCCUAACUUCUACUCCAUGAAACGCGAUCUGGAACCAGAUGACUUUGAAUCGGAAACAACCUCGAUCGCGUCGGCUAUUGCGAAGGGGCGGUUUGAAAAUGGCCGAAGAUAUCAAGCGACAAAGGAAGAUGACUAUUGGGGUCCCUCAGAUGAGCAGCAAUUCGAGGCAUUUGAAAUCAGCCACAUACUGUUCCUCGUUCUAGAUUAUUACCAACCGAAUGCUCUCUUCCACGCUCCUAUAGGAGAUUCUCCCAAACAUAUUCUGGACAUUGGAACGGGAAAAGGAAGCUGGGCAAUUGACGUUGCGGAUUUUUACCCGACAGCCACGAUUCGCGGAGUGGAUCUAUUCCCUCCCCCUGUGACCUGGAUGCCUCCAAAUUGCGUUUUCGAAGUGGACGACGUACUCAAAGAUUGGACAUGGAGAGAGCCGUUUGACUUCAUUCAUCUGCGUAUGAUGUAUGGGGCCUUUGAUUCAGAGGGUUGGAAUCAAGUGUACAAGCGGGCCUACGACGCCCUAGCUCCAGGUGGUUGGAUCGAGCAAGUGGAGUUUGAUAUACGAUGCCACAGUGAUGACGGUACCCUGAAGAAAAAUAGUCUGCUAGGCGGCUGGGGUGAUCUGUUCCUUAGUUGCUCCGCGCAAGCCGGGCGGACGCUCACAACCCAGGAAACGAUGCGCGGGGUUAUGGAGAAGGCCGGAUUUGUGGAUGCGCAUGAAAAGCUUUACAAAAUACCUCUCGGUCCAUGGGCCAAGGACAAAGUCCUGAAAGAGGCCGGGCACCUUCAUUACGCUCAUUGGAACGCUGCUCUAGAGGGCUGGGCGAUGUGGCUGCUUACCCACUUUGGGGAACCGGUGCCGUGGACAAAUGAGGAGGUCCAGGUUUAUCUGGCCAAAGUGCGUUUGGAGUUGAAAGAUCCACACACACAUGGAUGGAAUUAUGGUCGUCGUGUGUGGGCAAGAAAGCCCACCGAAAAGGAAUUGAUGGCGAAGCACGGGCUGAAGUCCGAGCCGUACCCAUGA